UAGGCGACUCUGCAGAUGAGGUAUCGGGGGCUAACGCUUGUGCUGACAUUCCUGUUUUAUGCCAGUUUCCAUCUCUCUCGCAAACCCAUUAGCAUUGUGAAGAGCGAGCUGCACACCAACUGCACUUCUCCAGGAAUGAUUCCCCCCAAUGGCACCAACAGCACCACGUGGUGUGACUGGGCUCCCUUUGAUCAGGCUAACUACAAAGAGCUCUUUGGUGCCCUGGACAACGCCUUCUUGGUUGCCUAUGCCAUUGGAAUGUUUAUCAGCGGCAUCUUUGGUGAGCGCCUCCCACUGCGCUAUUACCUGUCGGGAGGGAUGGUGCUGAGUGGACUGUUCACUUCCUUGUUUGGCCUGGCCUACUUCUGGGAAAUCCACGUUCUCUGGUACUACAUCCUCAUCCAGAUCUGCAAUGGUUUGGUGCAGACGACUGGCUGGCCAUCCGUGGUGACGUGCGUUGGGAACUGGUUCGGAAAGGGGAAGAGAGGGCUGAUCAUGGGCAUCUGGAAUUCCCAUACCUCGGUAGGAAACAUCCUGGGGUCCCUGAUCGCUGGAGUGUGGGUUUCGUCAACCUGGGGCCUGUCUUUCAUCGUGCCUGGGAUCAUCAUUGCAGUCAUGGGAAUUGUCUGCUUCUUGUUCCUCGUUGAAUAUCCUGAAGACGUUGAUUGUAACCCACCUCUACACCAUACGGAAUCGGAAGAAUCGGAGGAGAAAGACCCUGAAGUGACGCUCUCCACUGAUGAUGGGAGCUGUAGCCGAGAGAACACUAUCGAUUCUUCAGAGUAUGCCAAAGAACCAGCCGAGCAGCCAGAAGCCAUCAGCUUCUUAGGAGCCCUCCGGAUACCUGGUGUGGUGGAGUUCUCCUUAUGCCUGCUGUUUGCAAAGCUGGUCAGUUACACUUUCCUCUACUGGCUGCCUCUCUACAUUGUGAAUGUUGCUCACUUCGGCGCUAAGGAGGCUGGGGACCUGUCCACGCUCUUUGAUGUUGGCGGCAUCCUAGGAGGCAUUCUGGCUGGUCUCAUAUCGGACUACACUGGCGGCAGGGCCACCACGUGCUGUGUGAUGCUGAUAGUGGCUGCUCCUAUGCUAUUCCUGUACAAUCACGUUGGCCAGAAUGGAAUAGGCAGUUCAGUAGCUAUGCUAAUUAUAUGUGGUGCCCUGGUGAAUGGGCCUUAUGCUCUCAUUACGACAGCGGUUUCAGCUGACUUGGGAACUCACGAGUGUCUCAAAGGAAAUGCAAAAGCCCUGUCCACUGUUACAGCCAUAAUUGAUGGGACUGGAUCUAUAGGUGCUGCUCUGGGCCCCCUGCUGGCAGGGCUGAUCUCUCCCACUGGCUGGAACAAUGUCUUCUACAUGCUAAUAACAGCGGACAUCUUGGCCUGCCUGUUCCUUUCCCGGGUGGUGUAUAAAGAGAUUCGAGGAUGGUGUGGCUGCUACACAAGAAAAAGAGGAUUUAAAGAAUUUUGACCUGACUCCCUGUGACCAGAGGCAGCGGAGUGGAACAGUGACGGGCUUUGCUGGCAGACCCCACCUUUUGAUGCUCUCAGUUUAAAGUGGGAGGCAUUAUGGAGGCAAAAUGAACUGGGAAGAUGAGUAGUUCUCUAAAACCCAGCCACCACGGACUCUAAUCAUUGGCAGCAGCUUUAUCCAGGGCGAUGGAGCAGAGAAGAUGGUGUAUUCUGGCCCAUGACUGUUUUGUGAGGCAUAACUGGGGCCUCUGUCUCUUACCCACUGCCUCUGCUCCUCUUCCAUUAUUCCUUUUAUUAUUAAAAUGGUGCUAAACCUG